AUGUCCGCCCGAAUUUUCAAUCCAAAAUUUUCACAGUUUACCCAAUUUUCCGGAGACCUUUGUUAUAAUAUCACCAUUGCAAAACAACUUUCAUUAUUCAUCGGUUCAAUGAUAAUGCGUUUCGAUGUGAAUCUGUACAAUGUAGUUGUUACUGGAUUGGCGUUUUUCUUCCUUUUCACUGCAUUUCAAACAGCAUCACUAACCGCUCAAAAUACUUUGGAAGCUGCUUCAAAACAAACCAAUAAUUCUUUUAACGGUGCAGGUUACACCAGCCUAGCGAUUGUGUACAUCUCAUUCGGCUUGUUCAAUUGGUUUGCACCGAUUGUAAUAAUGUAUCUAGGGAAGAAAUAUUCUAUGAUUGCAGGCUCAGUUUGUUAUGCGUUGUUUAUUGCUACUUUUAUCGAACCACUUCAAUGGAGUUUAUACUUAGUAUCAUUUGUGAAUGGAAUUGGCGCAGCUGUAUUAUGGACUGCUCAAGGCGCGUUUAUUACAGACUGUUCCAAGCAAUCUAAUUUAAAUCAACAUUUUAGCCUGUUUUGGGCCCUGUUUCAAGCAAAUCAAAUAGUUGGUGGUUUAUACGCUUACUUAUCAUUAUCGAAUACAACUGAAAUCUCACGAACAUUACGUAUUCAACUUUAUGGUGGGUUGUUAGGAUGUGCAAUUUUCGGCAUAUUACUACUUUUCUUGUUGAAAAAGCCUAGAACAAUUGACAACAUUUCGGAUGGUCAGUCAAUAGAUAUGCAAGGAGAUCAUUCGUAUAAUAGUGGUAGUUCAAAUGAACUAACUGGGAAUUACCCAAGAAUGCAAAAUCGUGCAACAGUAUUUCAGUCAACUGUACAAUCCUUGAGUCGAUCAGUUGAAAUCCUAAUGACGAAACCAAUGAUGUGUAUAUUAGUGGCAGCAGCAUUCACUGGAAUCAAUCUGACGUUUUAUUCGAGUCUUUAUGCUUCAGCAUUGGGACAUUGUUUACAUUUUGGAGAGAUACUUGGCAGUUUUUCUUCGCGUCUAAGCCCAUGGAUUCGUUUAGAAGGUAUUUUAAUUACUUUUGGCUAUUCGACUGCAGUUGUCGCCGGUUAUUUCACGUACAUGAUGCUGCCAGCAAAUAGUCCUAUGAUAGAUACUGAUGAUCUGACUUAUAUUACGCCAAAUGUUUAUUUGGCUAUGUUCUUAGCCUUUCUGUUCGGUAGUGUAGAUUCUGUCUGGAAUACACAGAUAUCUGCUUUAAUUGGUUUUAUUCAUGGAAAAAAUGGAACAGAUGUUACAGUUAGUUUUGCUUUAUUUAAAUCAAUUCAGUCUAUUGUAUCCGGAGUUGCAUUUGUCUACAGUACUUACUUACUGUUACAUUGGCAAAUAUUCAUUUUUAUUGUGAUGGCUACUAUUGGUAUGUAUUGCUUACUCUGUGUGUAUUGGUCACAACCAUAUUAUCCAAUCAGGAUUAAAUGA